ACAGCAGCAGCAGCAGCAGCGGGCCUUCUCAAGCCCUUCAUACCCAGACACGAGUCCAGCUCGGCAUACACAAACCAGCAGCAGCCAGCAUCGGACCCGGGCCUAGUAACCCCUCGCAACACGUACAUUCUGGACCAACAUCAAUACUCACCGCUCCUGGACCAUUCAUCGCCUGCGUGGUCAAUGAGCUCAAUGAGCAAUAACGGCGACCUGACGUUGGCGCACAGUCUAAGCCCCGUUGAUUGUUCUAAUACAACAACGGCUGCAUCAGCUGCUGCUGCUGCCGCGGCCGCUGCUGCUGCUGCUGCUGUUGCGAUGAAUGGAGGGGAAUGGCUUGGUUCUCAGAUGUUUCCCACAUUGGCUUCCGUGUUUGGCUCUGGUGAGCUUUGCGAUAUGAGUGGGUCGAAUACAGUGGAUGCUGCUGCUUUGGAUGGGUGGCUGCAGCAGUACGUUAACGUCGAAGCUAUUGCGCCCACAAACCCCCUGAGCGGAUUUUCCUUUAGCAGUGGCGUAUCAUCAAUGCAGCAGCAACUGGACUCCCCGUUAUUCACAUACUCCUCUCCUUCUUUCUCCUGCACCAACUCUACCGUUGCUAGUGGGCUUACGCCGGUUCCGCUUUUGUCCAGCAAUGUGCCUGCGCUUGACCAGUCGGCUGUGUCGGCUAUUGCCUCGGUGGUCGCUGGGUCUUUGUCAGAAGAUAUGCUGGCGUCGAUGUUUUCGGAAGAAAACUCCACUACAGUGGAUGUUCGGGCGCUGACUGCGGGGAGCGUUUCGCCACAGGAAACUAUAUCUGUACAGCAGCAGCAGCAGCCGACGGGCGCUAAGAGGCAGAGAAGAAUGUCGCCCUCAAUAGUGACUGCUGCCAUUAAGGGUAGUAUUACCACAGGCGGGCUACUAACACCGGCCACUGCUGCUUCAGCUUCGGCUUCUGUUUCUGAUGUUGCUUUUAUUGGGAAUGAUAAUAUGGAGGCGGGCUUUCCUUCUUUCAGCCGCAGUAACGUUACUGCUGCUGCUGCUGCUGGCUCGCAGAGUCCUCAAGCAGUUGCUCUGGAAAGCACCCCAGUACCCAGCAAACUCCCUGCCACCGCCCCUUAUUCCUCGCCAUCCUUGUUUUUGUCGGCCAACAAUAAUAACAUCACCGGCCGCCGCCUAGCACCAUCUCCAUCUCCAUCCCUGUCUCCAGCCGCCCACACUACCAUCAACAGCGGCAGCAGCGGCAAUCGGCCGCUGGCGCCCCGCCAACAACCAGACACCAACUCGCGCUCCGGCACAUCAACUCCACCAGGACUCAGCGUGCUAGCCAAAAUAGCUCAAAAACAAGCACCCAUCAAAGUGAAAACCGAAACCUCCCCCAACUCUUCCCCCAACUUACACCCUACCACUGCAGGCAGCAGUGGCGCUGCUCCCGUGGUAGAGACAGCUGCGCAAAAGCGCCAAGAGCGACUGAUUAAGAACCGCGCUGCUGCAUUGCUCAGCAGGAAGAGGAAGCGCGAGUAUAUGGGAAAACUGGAGGGCGACGUUGAUGAGUUGAGGGAAACUAAUAGUGCGUUGGUUAGGAGGCUAGAGGAGAUGGAGAGGAUGGUUAAAGACCUGAUAAGGGAGCGCGAUUUGCUGAAGGGGACACAGGAUAAUGCCAAUGGAAGCAACGCCAGUCAGCAGCAGCCACAGCAGCAGCAGCAGCCACAGCAGCAGCAGCAGCCACAGCAGCAGCAGCAGCAGCAGACAAAGAGCGCGGAAAAGCCAGGCAAAUCGGACAAGUCCGACAGCAAGGCGUCGCAGCCUUCUUCGGCCGAUAGUGUCUCGGCAGAGAGCAAGAAGCAGCCGUCAGACGCAAUGGACGUCGAUAUCAACGGCACCCCUUCAGACAUUAGCAGCAACAGCAGCAGCAGUGGCCACGCCCCAGGCACUCCGCAGCUCCGCCCCUCGCCCGCCAUCCUCGCCGCGCGGCCGCCUGCCUCCACCACACCCAAUGCUCAGCCAGCACCAGUAUCAGCCCUUGCGUCGCACACCGGGCGCAGCAUCCGACCACGCACCUCAGCUCUGCCAUCAUCGGCAGCACCAACACCAGGCAGUGCAAAGCAGCGCACGGCGGGCGCAGUCCUCAUGGCCAUGCUCUUUUCCUUUUCGCUCUUCUCCCUUCCAUCCCUAUACUCCUCCGACAACCAAAUCACCGUCGGUGGAGCAUCGGGCGCCGCUGCAUUGCUGCCUGUGCGCGGCCUACCGUCGGCCGAACCGCCGUUGCUGAUUGGUGACAGUAGCCCGUUUAUUGAGCGCGUUCGCAGGUCUCUCGAGGCCCUCACCCAGCAGCAGCAAGAUGUCGUGGCAGCAGCCAAUCAGAGCGAUGUGGUCGGUGAUAAGGUGCGGCCUAUGACCAUGGAGGAGAGCGCUGGGCUGCGCGCGUGGAUCAAUAAGCAUACGGGGGCGGAAUCCGGGUCUGCCGAGCUCUCAGUUGUUCGUUCUUUGCCCCCGCGUAUGGACCCGACAAUGCCCGAGUACGCGAUGGUGUACUGCCCGACCAUCCAGCAGGUGAUUUUUGGCGGCAGUGGCAGUGGGAGUGGCGAUAUGUUGGAGGUUGCCCAUAUGCGUGACAUUGCGUAUAAUCCGGUGUCCGCUCGCGUCAUACGCUCCAAGUCUGACCACUCGGCGUCGCCCUCCGUGGCUGUGCCCCCUACUGUUGUCGUCGCUGAUAUUGUCAACGAUGUUGGUGGUGGGCGGAUGGACGAUGUUGACGAUAUUUUGGAUCUCGUUGCUACGCCUGCGGGUAAUACCCUGGGGCACGUGCAGGUGCGGCCUAAAAUGUCGUUUUACUCGCCGAUCGCUGUGGGCGGCGGGAGUGGUGGCGUUGCUGAGGGCGAUAUUUUAGCACCCUGGGAGGAGAACGCCCGGCUGUCAGCCAAACUUGUCGACACGGCGGAUUCUGCAAGUACCAAGCAGCAGCAGCAGCAAAAGUAUCUGCGUAUUGAUGUCGAGGUUGUUGGAAGCAGAUGGGUCACGGCUGACAAGUUUGCCAAUGGAAUAUACCACUAAACGUCUUUUUUUAUAAAAAAAAAUUAAUAUUUUUCUUUUUUCAAUUAUAUUCAAAUUAAAAACAAAAAUUUUAAACAUGUUU